AUGACAUCGAGCUUGACUGUGUUUGGAGUUGGACCGCAAGCUUACUGGCACGUAAAGUUGACACUCAUUUUGUUUCCUAACAUCAAAAGUGUCACUGUUGUAAACCGAAGCUACGAAAAAGCCCAAGAGUUUGCGAAAGAAUUGAAGAAGGAUUUUGGUACAAAUAUUGCUACGGUAAAUGCCUAUCUGUAUCAAGUUGCUACACACACAGAAAUUAUCAAUCAAAAGUUAUCCGGGAGUUGUGUCGUCUUUGGAUGUCUUCCGAGCACCCUGCCUGCCAUUGACUUUUCGGCGCUCAAUAAGGACCCCAAAGUGCCAGUAUUUGUAUCUUUAAUUGGCUCUUAUAAGCCCACCAUGCGAGAGCUCGACUUGAGUGCUCUCAAGGCUUCCGGAAAGAAAUUGGUGGUAGACACAGCUGAGGGGGUUUUCGAGGAAGCAGGAGAAGUGGCGGAUGCUGGUUUGUCUCGCUCGCAAAUGGUAGAAUUGGCACAGUUGCUGAAAACUGAUAGACAAGACUUUACUAUGGCAGAAAACAUCGUUGUGCAAAAAAUCGUGGGAAUGUCCAAUAUGGACCUAGUGGUGGCAAAGAUGCUUAUUGGAAGCACGGGAACCACAUUCGAUGGUUUUUAG